AAAUGGAAACGUCAAAAUCUUAUACGUGUUCAGGUUAUAAUGUUUAGGCUAUGUGUACUCUUCUCAAAACAUGUAUAUAUUCCGAUUUGUGAAAAAAGUUUAAUCAAACAAAGUUUGCAUGAAAUUUAGUUGUAGUAAUGGGUACAGCUGUAAGCAAAAAUUUGGAACUAUCAACCAAUGAAUAUUGCGUUAAGUAUGUGGGAAAGGAACCUAUAUCCAUAAAUAAUCCUUUUUGGAACACCUUUCUAUCUUACAACUUGGUUCCUCCAACGACAGUAAAUGAACAAUUGGCAUUUGAAUCAAGAAUAGAGUCUUUGUUACAAGAACUAUUGAAAAAUAAUCCAAAGACUGGAAAUUUUGGUAUAUUAAUUCAAAUAUUUAUUGAAAAAACUAAUGAACUAUUAUCUGCUACAAUAACAGAAUCGAACUUAUUCAAUUGGCAACUUUUUAAUACUAUAUUCAUAAUAAGAUGUACCUUGAAAUUCUUAACAGAAGUUCUAAAAGAAGAAGAUAUAAUGAAGCACAUAGAAUUAGGGAAUACGAGAAAUGUCAUGGAAGACUUCUUGGGAUCAUUAGUUGGAAUAAUAGUUGAUGUACCUAUAGAUGAUUACACAUAUCUGAUCCACUUAGAGUCAGCAACAUGUCUCUUACUCUGUCUUUCAAUACAAUAUCAUUCAGGAGGUAAGUCAGAUCAUAGCACCAUUUAUAGACUUAUGAUGAGAGGAAAACAUGUAAUACAUGCCCCUAUACUAGUUAAACGUUUGAUAACUAAUUUUAUUGAGCAACGAAAGAUGCCUUCUGGAUAUACUGGAAAUGAUGGACAUAGUAUUGUUUUAAAUUUAGCUUCAAAUAUCUGGUCAGUUUUAACAUUCAAUAAAAAAUACAGUGAAGAAACAAACAACACACUCGAACAUCCUUACCAAGAAUCACCUUUAGCAACUCAAAGUCUAUUAUUACUGUUAGUUUUAGUUCAUCAUUGGACUACACAGUCCAACCCAUACAGAAAUAGCUUAUUUUCUUGUCUAGACAGUGAAGAUACAAAUCCAGUACCACCAUCUAAAGUGGCAUCAUUAUUCAAAAUAGAUUUUAAUUUACUGUACUUAGCACUUUGCAAAAAAGCAUCAGGUGAUGCGGCCACAUUAUUGUUGUAUUUAUUGUUACAUCGAAAUCAAUCAUUUAAAACAUAUAUUCUGAAUAGGGAAGAUUUGGACCUUUUGAUUGUACCUAUACUAAAAAGUUUAUACAAUGCUCCCAAUAGCAAUUCCCAUCAUAUUUAUAUGUCAUUAAUUAUCAUAUUAAUAUUAAGUGAAGAUGAUAGUUUUAAUGAAACCAUUCACGAUUUGAAAUUGAAAAAUGCCUCUUGGUAUGUUGAACGUGCUUUAAACGAUAUAUCUUUAGGAGGUUUGUUAAUACUUAUAGUAAUACGAACUGUGCAGUACAAUAUGCUCAAAAUGAGGGACAAAUAUUUACAUACAAAUUGUCUUGCUGCACUUGCCAAUAUGUCAGCACACUUUAGAAAUCUUCAUCCCUAUGUAAGUCAAAGACUGGUGUCUCUCUUUGAAACCUUGGCAAAAAAAUAUAAUAGAUUGAUAUCAAGAUUGAAGACUGAAACUUCACAUAAAGACAAUACAAUAACCAUAGAGGCUGAUCAAGAAUCGGAAGACACUGAACAAGACGUAUCCGUUUUGGAAGAAGUAUUGAGAAUGGUAUUGGAAAUAUUGAAUUCGUGCCUAUCUACCCAACUUAGCAAUAACCCCAAUCUGAUAUAUACAAUGCUAUAUAACAAAAGUAUGUUUGAAGCAUUUAAAGAUAAUGUUGUUUUUCAAGAUAUCAUUCACAAUAUAGAUAUCAUUCUCAAGUAUUUUUCACAGCUUCUACAUGAUAAAUCGUUAGAGCAUGAAGUAGAUGCUCACCAAGUGUUGUUAAUAAUACAACAGGGAGUUAGAGGCUGGCCAAAGGAGAGAUUAACAAAAUUUCCUGACCUCAAGUUUAAGUAUGUAGAGGAGGAUCAGCCCGAAGACUUUUUCAUUCCAUACAUAUGGGCUUUAGUGGGUCAGCAGUCAAUUCUUCAUUGGGUUAACGAUAAUUAUCCAACAAUUAUGGUCGUUUAAAUGUUUUGAGAACAAUUCAAUGAAUCAUGUAUAAAAUAUAUAUUUAAUGUAAUAAUAAUGUGUAUUUAUGUACAAAUUUGUAAGAUUUAUCAAUAUAUUUUAUGAAUUAAAAUUUUAUUCAGAA